AUGGGCAAGCCAACUUUGCACCCCAGAACUGCCAGAGCGACCGACUCAGACAAACUGCACCAGCGCCCUCAUCCCCUCCUCUCCCCAUCCAUAGUCGCUGUACUGGGCGAUUAUCUUUAUAUCGAAGGCGGCGAGCAGUCUCAUUAUCUCGAUUCGGGAAAAAAGGGCACCGACAGCAACGGGAACGAAUUCAACACUGAUGCUGGUGCAGAUCAAGCCGUCACUCAGUUCAUCCCAGUAAACCAGCGCUGGGCUCCGCAGGAUGUUCAAUUCGAUACGAUCUCACACGAAGCUUCGGACAUGAAGAUGGUGAACUUCCCGAGUUUCUGGGCGAUUGGGAGUACACUCUACAGAUGGGGCGGCCAGUUGAGCAAUGGACUACAGUAUGCUCAAGGCGACAAACCCUACCUAUUUAGCGUUUCACCUGGUUCUGGUGGUGGCAGCGGCCUUACAUGGACCAAGAGUCCCAUCCCAGAUUCAAACCAACUGGCGGGCUCAAAUAUGGCCUCGACAUCCUGCGACGAUACUGGAUUUAUGUAUGGUGGCUAUGCCUAUAAAGCCUCCAUGUAUGCCGAAUUUGAUGACACUCGACCUAUAUCUGGCAUGCUCAUGUACAACACAACCACGCAGGCCUGGAAAAACUCGACGACGGAGAUUAGCAUUCCUGGAAAGACUUACAGUGCAGGGAAAGGGGUGUGUCUUCCUGGGGUUCUCAACUACUCCAUGGUCGCCGUGAUGGGAGGCGCCGAUCUCGAGACAGCGCAAUACCGAGCAUUCACUAACUUUACGUUCUACGACCCCCAUUUGGACCGCUGGUACUAUCAGAAGACCAUCAACCCUCCUUCUCCAAUGGACGACUUUUGCGCCGUCGGUAUUAAAAGCACCCAUGGAACCUAUGAAAUAUUCUUGUAUGGAGGCAUCGAUCAAUCCGGAAAGGUUUCAUCUGAUAUUUGGGUGCUCUCAUUGCCUCUGUUUAGAUGGUUUCGCUAUACACUCAAUGCUAGUGAGCCGAGAAGCAACCAUGCCUGUGCAAUUGCUGGGAAAAGGCAGAUGAUAUCCGUUGGCGGGAUUGAUCGGACCAACAGCUCAGAUGCUUGGACGUCCCAAGAUCCUUGGUAUAACGCACUCGGAGUCUUUGAUCUGGCCGAAUUGAAAUGGAAGGAUGUAUAUGACCCGAAUCUGGGAGGCUACAAUACACCAACCGAGAUCUGGUCAUACUACACAGAUCAAGCAUUCGAGCAAAUAAAGUGGGAUAUGAAUGAAGUAGAAAACAUGUUUAUGACACCCUAUUACGAGAAGAAUCCAAAAGGAUCCCAACCUGGUAACGACACCGCCUCCAACAACACCGACAACGGGAAGAGUAAACCAGCCGGUGCCAUUGCAGGAGGUGUUGUAGGAGGCGUAGUGGGAGUUGCUCUCGUCUCCGCCCUUGUAUGGUUCUUCCUUCGUCGACGACGCAGUGCUGGAACUAAAAAGGACCAGUCCAGCGCGUGGGAAGAUAACUCCAACCAACAGGCAAAAGAGCUGUCUUCAACUCCUUCGACUGACCUGGGCGCGAGCUAUGAGCUUCAUUCCACAACAGUCGUGGCAGAACUCGAG